GCGACGAGGACGGCCGGCGCGCUGCUCGCGACGCCAGACCCCGGGAGAGGCCGCCCGAGCUCCUGAGCGCUCGCCGAUCGCGCCGCCGGUCCCGCGACGAGCAGAGCCACCCGGCGCGCGCCACGGGCGCAGCAUGGACCUGAGCGGCCGGGCGCCGCGGCCGGAGGAUGCUGCUGCUCUCGUCGCUGCCACUGCUGCUGCCGCUGCCGCUGCUGCUGCUGAGCCAGUGCUGCCGCUGCUGCGAGGUCGUCGCCGGCAGGCAGCUCGACUGCCGCGGCGCGCGGCUGCUCGGCCUGCAGCGGCUGCCGCCCCCCUCGGCCAACAUCACCAGCGUAGAGCUGACCGGCAACGGGCUGAGCGAGCUCCCGGCCCGAGCCUUCGGCGGCUUCGCCAACCUCCAGGGGCUGCUGCUGGGGAGCAAUCGGCUGAGCCAGAUCCACGAGGACGCCUUCGCCGGCCUGGAGCAGCUCCGAGUUCUAGACCUGGACGGUAACCAGCUGCGCGAGGUGCCCAGGGCCGUGUCCAAGCUCGGCGGCCUCCGGGAACUGUCGCUGGCGAACAAUAGGAUCGAGGCGCUGGGCGCGGACAGCUUCGGCGCGGCCGCGCGGGACCUGCUGUCGCUGGACCUGCGCGCCAAUCCGCUCAGGCAGCUGCACGAGCUCGCCUUCCGGCGCAUGACGCGACUGCGGAAGCUGGUCCUGUCGGACGCGCGCGUGCUGGCCCAGUUCCCUGUGCUGGACGACUGCGCCUCGCUGGAGAUGCUGCGCGUCGACCGCGCCCAGCUGGGCCGCGUGCCCGCGCGGCUCUGCCGGCACUCGCCCAAGCUCAGGAGCCUGGAGCUGAAGACCAACCGCAUCGCCGCCGUGCCCGACCUCAGCCACUGCCGGGACCUGCGGCUGCUGGACCUGGCGAACAACCGGAUAUCCUCGCUGGACGGCCGGCCGUUCGAGGCCUCGGGCGCGCUGCGCGACCUGCUGCUGGCCAGGAACGCCAUCAGGCGCGUGCCCGCGGACGCGUUCGUCGGGCUGUCGCGGCUGCAGGUGCUGGACCUGGAGGGCAACCUCAUCGACUGGCUGCACCCCGAGGCCUUCGGCCAGCUGGGCCAGCUGCAGGACCUGAACCUGGGCAACAACGCGUUCCCGGAGCUGCCGGUGGCCGGCCUCGAGGGCAUCCUGCACCUCAAGACCUUCAACAACCCGGCGCUGCGCGAGUUCCCCGGGCCCGAGCGGUUCCCGCGCGCGCGCAGCAUGCUGCUGUCCUACGCCUACCACUGCUGCGCGUACGUGGCCGAGGACGGCCGCGGGGCCGCAAGGACGCUGGACGACGAGCUGGACGCGGGCGCCGCCCGGGACGCGGUGCUCUUCCCCGGCGACGACGACUUCGACCCCAGCCUCUGGAGCUCCAACCUCACCGACCUCUGGCCGCAGCUCAACAACAUGAGCGGCAAGUUCGGCACCAAGCUCAACGAGCUGUGGAACAACUUCGGCACGGACUUUAGCUACCCGGGCAACCUGCCGGCCUACGUCGAGGAGUACUUCGAGGACCAGGAGGGCGGCGGCGGUGGCGCAGGCGAGCCGCAAGGCAGGACGGUGCACUGUCGGCCCGAGCCAGGCCCGUUCCUGCCCUGCCGGGACCUGUUCGACUGGUGGACCCUGCGCUGCGGCGUGUGGGUGGUGUUCCUGCUGGCGAUGCUGGGCAACGGCACGGUGGUGUUCGUGCUGCUGUUUUCGCGCGGCAAGAUGGACGUGCCGCGCUUCCUGGUAUGCAACCUGGCGGCAGCCGACUUCUUCAUGGGGCUGUACCUGGGCGCGCUGGCCGUCGUGGACGCGGCCACGCUGGGCGAGUUCCGCAAGCACGCCAUCCCUUGGCAGAUGUCGGCGGGCUGCCGCGCGGCCGGCUUCCUCGGCGUGCUCAGCUCGGAGCUGAGCGUGUUCAGCCUGGCGGUGAUCACGCUGGAGCGCAACUACGCCAUCACGCACGCGAUGCACCUGAACAAGCGGCUGUCGCUGCGCCGCGCCUACUACAUCAUGGCGCUCGGCUGGUGCUUCGCGCUCACCAUGGCCGCGCUGCCGCUGUUCGGCGUGUCCGACUACCGCAAGUUCGCCAUCUGCCUGCCCUUCGAGACGGGCACCGCCUGGGCCACGGCCUACGUGGUCCUGCUCAUGCUCGUCAACGGCCUGGCCUUCUUCGUGCUGAUGGGCUGCUACCUGCGCAUGUACUGCGCCAUCCGCGGCUCGCAGGCCUGGAACUCCAACGACUCGCGCAUCGCCAGGCGCAUGGCGCUGCUCGUCUUCACCGAUUUCCUCUGCUGGUCGCCCAUCGCCUUCUUCUCGCUCACCGCCACCUUCGGCCUGCACCUCGUCAGCCUCGAGCAGGCCAAGGUCUUCGCCGUGUUCGUGCUGCCGCUCAACUCCUGCUGCAACCCCUUCCUCUACGCCAUCCUCACCAAGCAGUUCAAGAAGGACUGCGUGCUCAUCUGCAAGGCCAUCGAGGAGUCACGAGUGACGAGGGGCGCGGCCCGCUGCCGCCACGGCUCGCACCUGGGCCCGCGCCCCGCGCCCUCGCACCCCGACAGCCUGGUCACCGCCGGCGCCGACCAGCCUCAGUCGCAGCCGCAACAGCGACGGCGACAGCAGCGGCAGCGGGAGCAGCAGCAGCAGGCAGCACCACCACCACCACCACCACCACCAGCACCAGCCCGCCGCAAGCCGGUCGACGGCGCACCGCAGCACCAGCCCGGCUGCCCCUACGGCCGCGAGGCGCGCUGCUGGCGGGCCAAGCUCGGCUGCCGUGUUCGCGCAGCCGCGGCCGCGACGCCUACGCCUACCACGCGACCGCUGCCGCCGUCGCCGCCGCCGCCGCCGCCGAGACGCAGCAGCGCCGGCAGCACAAGCGCGCCUCCUCCGUGUCCUCCAGCGAGAACUGCUCGUCCUCGCGCUCCGACUCCUGGCGCCAGCAGCAGUGCGGCCUGCCGCUGCGCUUCCUCGAGCCGCGGCGGCGCGCCGGCGGCGCCGCGGUCGCCGCCUCCUCCUGGCUGAGCGGCCGCAAGCCUUCGCAGGACUCCAGCCUGAGCUCGUCGCGCAACGACUCCUCGGGCAGCGCCACCACGGCCAGCACCGGCACCUGGCGCGCCUCGCGCUCCUCCGGCUCGGCCGAGGCCGG